GUGCUCUUACGCACACUCACAAACGUCUCUCUCUCUCUUUCCCUCUACACAAAUCCAUGCUUUGCUUUGGAAAUAGAGCAGUCGCAGGGGGGAAAUGAUUAAUACCAAAUCAUCAUCAUCAUCAGCGAAGCAGCCGCCGCCUCCUCCUCCUUCUUCUCCUCCUCCUGCUCAACCGCCGCAAUCGAUGGCCACCUUAUCAUCUGCUACGACCACGACAUCAACGACACCGCCUACCUCCGAUGGCUCUGGCAAGAAGGUGAGAAAGCCCUAUACCAUCACCAAGUCUCGAGAGAGCUGGACCGAAGAAGAGCACGACAAGUUCCUCGAAGCUCUUCAACUGUUUGAUCGUGACUGGAAAAAGAUAGAAGAUUUUGUGGGUUCGAAGACAGUAAUCCAGAUUCGGAGUCAUGCACAAAAAUACUUUUUGAAGGUCCAAAAGAAUGGGACAAUUGCACAUGUCCCGCCUCCUCGCCCUAAGCGCAAAGCUGCUCAUCCUUAUCCUCAAAAGGCAUCAAAAAAUGUUUUAGUGCCGCUCGCGGCAUCCAUGGCUUACCCUUCUUCGAUAAAUACCUUUGCACCUGGGUAUGCUCCAUGGGAUGAUGCUUCCAUGCUAAUAAAUACUACCUUAAGCAAAAUCAUGCCAUCGCAAGAUGAAUUUAGCAGUCUUCACGGAGCUGAAGCUGAUAUUGGAUCAAAGGGCAUAGCAAGGAUAAGUAACAAUAACCUUAGUGGCCCGGGGACCAUAAAUAGAACACUGCCAAGUUCUGAGAUACCAAGGCAAGGGAAACAGGCUCCUCUGCUUCAUGGUUUACCAGAUUUUGCUGAAGUAUAUAAUUUCAUUGGGAGUGUUUUUGAUCCAGACACCACAGAUCAUGUGAAAAAGCUCAAAGAAAUGGACCCUAUAAAUUUUGAAACUGUUUUGUUAUUGAUGAGGAACCUCACUGUUAACUUGUCUAGCCCAGAUUUUGAGCCAAUUCGAAAUGUCCUGUCUUCCUAUGACAUCAAUACCAAAACAGUGGGAGUAACUGCCAAGAACCAAACCAAUGAUAUAUCAUGUUGAAGUUUUGCUACUCACAAAUUGCUGACUAGUGGUGUGUAGCUAGAAUAUCUUGCUGCUUCAAUGGAACAGUUAGCAGCUCCUAGCAUUUCCUGCACUGCGUGCUCUGAAAUUCAGUAGAGGCAACUCGUAGCAGCCACAGCCAAGAAGUAUCUAAUAGUGGAAGAAAGUUUUAUAUUGAUUUCUAAGAUCCGCAACUACAUGGAUGUUAAUUUUUCCACCAACGCCAGUAGGAAUGGCUGAUCCUAUUCUGUACAUGAUUAGGCCUUCAACCAAAAAGUGUGUAUAUCUUGCGAGGUUUGCUUGGUGUCUAUUUAACCAUUCGUUAAUAUAGUUUAAUUUCCAUAUGAUAGUGUAGUUUUUGCCAAGGUGGUGUAACUAGAAGAAUUUGAACACAUUAAAAUAAGAUUGCCUUCAGAAUUGACAAUGUUGGUACUUUUGUGUACCAGAACUCCCUAUUUUUGUUGUCGAUAUAAGGUAUUUAGCUUUUAUUA